CUUAAUAGUCAUACUUGAAAUUAGUUUGGUAAAAAUCAUAGUACAACUUAAACUUAAUCGAUGGAAAGGAAUGUUCGUUUUAAAUUGGAAAACAAGACAUUUCCACAAUUCUUUGUUCGUGGUGUUCGUGAGAAAUAGCUUAAAAGGUUGCUAUAUUUUUAAAUAAAUCGACAUAACCUAAAUGGUUUUUAAUAAUAAUAAAUAAUGUUUAAAUAAACAAUAUCCUAAAGCAACAAUAAUAUAGUAUUCUUCACAUUCUGUUCCUCUACAAUAAAUAAUGAUAACUUUAUCGCAACGCCUAAAACGAAGAACUCAAAGUGAUGAAGCUAACACUUCUAGAGCUUCAAUUAGAGACAGACUUUUAGUAAAAGAGGCCCAGGAAAUGUCCCAACUUCUUCCAGCGUGUUGUUCUGUUCAUUAUGCUAAUGAGAAUGAUUUAAGCAAAUUCACUUUAAUUGUUAAACCAACAGAAGGUUAUUGGGAAGGAGGUAUAUUUAAAUUUGAAAUAAAUGUUACCGAUGAAUAUAACAUGGUUCCCCCAGUCGUUAAGUGUAUUACAAGGCUAUGGCAUCCAAAUAUAACGGAAUCGGGGGAGGUUUGUCUAUCUCUACUUAGAAGGCAUAGUGUAGAUGGAAUGGGAUGGUCCCCAAUUAGAAGGUUGAACGAUGUUGUAUGGGGUCUUCAUGCCUUAUUUACCGAUUUAUUGAAUUUUGAAGAUCCCCUCAAUGUAGAAGCAGCAGAUAUGUAUAGGCAUUCAAAAGAAGAAUUUAAAAUGAAAGUUAUGGAAUAUGUAGCGAACUAUGCUAAAGAUUAAAUUAUUUAAUAAGUAAAAUAAGUAUUUAAUUGUCUUCUACUUGUAAAUGUUUAUAUUUCUUUGUGUAAACACUGUAAAUUCUUUUCUAGUUUUAAAUGUCGU